AUGAGUACCCCAGUGGUGACGAUAAACCUGACGAUGGACCCCCUGGAUCGCCUUGUCCGCCUUCAUCUGAUGGGGACAACGAUGAAGAAGACAACGACGGAGAACAUGGCAGCGGCCUUCGGUAAAGGAAGUCGCUUAAUACACAUUCCCUAUUGGAAUUUUGUUCACCGACUGAUGAGGAAGAAGCCAAGGCGCUCGGAGGUGAAAGUGAAUGUUGCACUCCGCCACCUAAUUGGAGGCGCUGGUCUUCACCAACUGAAAGACCACCUUCUAUCGUUCCACUUCAAUGACCUUCCUGAUGAUAUACAGGACAAGAUCCUGCGAAUCGUUCUGGUCUUAUCGGAGGCGCUGGUCUUUACUAACUAA